CUCACACACACCCUCUCACACACACCCUCUGUGUUUCAGUGUCAGCACGCAGUUUCAUCUCUCAGAGAAACUCUCAAAACUGAAGAUGGGGAAAAUUAACGGAUGCAUCAAAUGCCUCUUUAUCUACUUCAAUGUGGUGUUUGCACUACUCGCCUGUGUGCUGAUCUACCUAGCAGUGGAUGACACCGGCUUCAGCCGCCAGUUUACGGCGGUGGGGGCUCCGAGUCUGGUCUGGAUUUUGGUGUUUGCCCCCUGUGUCGUCGUCCUCUCUGUCUUUGGAAUCGUUGCCGCAUGCAUGGAGAAACAACUCCUCUUCAAAAUAUUUGCAGGUUUCAUGGUGGCGGGAAUGAUCAUCAUGCUGAUCUUUGGCAUUCUUGUCGUUGUCUCAAGAAACACGCUGAAGGAUUCUUAUGACACCGCGUCCCCUGAAGCGGCAAAGCCUUUCAUGGAAGAAGAAGCAAUGAGAUUGCUGCUAAUGCAACUCGAAGAGCGUGGCCACUGCUGUGGUGUGGUCAGCUCCAGCGACUGGGGAAACGACAUCCCUCAGUCCUGUGAGUGCAAGGACCAAUAUACAGGAUUCUCCAUUUCGACUGGAUGUAAACCCAAACCUGUGGGAGCCUCAGGCCCAGACGAGAUCUACGCGACGAGCUGCAGCAAUGUUCUCUUUGCGAUUUUGGACAUCAUCUUCCAGAUCUUUAUGGGCUUCUACUUCACGUUUGCAGUCCUCGCACUGCUGGGCCUGCUGAUGAGCAUCCUGAUGAUCCAUCAGAUCAGAAAGCACGACAGCGGAGGAUCGUCCAUGGCCAUGAAGACCUACUAGAGAAAGCUCCUCUCUUGACCUCUGACCUCUGACCUUUAACUGGAGGCCUUACUUUACCUUUCAUAUUAUAUCUUCUCCUGACAUGUGGUUCAGGAAAACUGCUUUUUUACUUUCAGCUUUUUGUACUGUGGAGAAUGUAACUUGAGUUGCAACAUUUUUUUUUCUUUUAAUCGCUCUUGUGUGUUUUGGUCGUUUGCUGUAUUAUAGUUAUAGAAUAGUGAUAUUGGUUAAACGUCAGGAACCAGGAGGUCUUCUGGAUCCAAUAAACCCAGUUCCCACGCUUUAUUUGUACGUUUUUUACCAUUUAAUUUGCAUAAACAAAAUUACUUGCCAAUUGCUUUCUUUUUUAACCUUUAACUCUAUGAAAAAUUACAAAUGAAGUGUCCAUAUCUAUAUUUCGAUGGUCAGUGAUUGUAAGACAUUUCUGAAGUUAUCAUUAGUAAACAGUUUAAGGUGAAUGUCGCCACCUACUGUCCAGAGUGUGUAACAUCAUGCCUGAAAGAUGAUUACUCUGAGGAUAAAACAAACAAACCUUUAUUCUAGAUAUUAAACCUGUAUUGUUGUGAUAUUUGAAUAAAGCCAUUCGGACCUGAA